AUGAGUUUCAAAGAAUGGGUCCUAGCGGCCUGCAGUCUAGCCGGAGCGCGCGGACCCGUCUUAUACCAAACAGCGCGCUACCUCGCCAUAAGCGCACGCCGGGGAACCGAAAUACGGCAAACGGCUGUGAUUGACAAGCUCGAGGAAAUCGGACUCACAAGCAAUGAUCCGCGGGCAUUACAGCUUCUCGCGCAGGUACAGGGUCGACGGGGGAAAUAUACCCAGGCACUGGAACUUAUGGAGGCGGUGUUGGCGCGGAUUCACCCGUCGAAGAACACGCCGCGGGGGCUUGAGCAUUCUUAUUUGAUCUCGGAGGUUAUGGAGACGCCGUGGCGGGUGUAUGCGGGUUUGAAGGAGAAGGUGGGGGAUCCUAUGGGUGCGGAUGAGGUUAUGCGUCGUGCGGCGCUGGAGUAUGAGGAUCCGGCUGCGUUGCAGGAUUAUGCGAGUUUGCUGAUGCGGGAGAUGGAUUUGGAGGGGUAUGAGGGGUGUAUGAGUAAGGCGGCUAGUUCGGGGGAUGUCAUGGCUUGUCUUAAACUGGCGAAUUUUUACUAUCUCACGUCGAAGGGGUGGUUUCCUCGGCGGGGUGUGAAGGUGUCGGAUGGGGAUAACGCGAAGGCGAUACCGAAGCUUACUAGAACCGUUGAUCCGGCUAAGUCGGUUGAGGAGAAGAAGCCCGGUGCGCUGGGCAGGUUCUUUUCGUUCCUGUCUGCGGACGUCAAGUCGCACGCCGAGUAUCGGAAGUUGGCGGUGGAUUGGUACGAGCUGGCGGUUAAGCAAGGGAACUCGCGGGCUGCGUUGCUGCUCGCCAUCAUUGAGCGUGAGAAUGGGAAUCAUGAAGCGGCGUGGGAGCUCUUCCAGUCCUCGCGAACUGACGAUGCUAAGGAGUUUAUGCCGACGUCCCAGGAUGAGCUUGUGAAGGUCUGGCGGGAUGAGGAGUUUCGGCCUGAGGUGCCGCUUCAGUUGCUAGAUCUUUGA